CACCUUCCGUAUCCGUAGCCGACAAUCAAAUUUACGUUCGUCGUCUAUGCUGGGUAGGACGCUGGGUCACUCUUACACAGCUAUUGCUGAGAAACAGAAACCUGGGAGAAUCGAUGGAGCAGAACCAGAGGUCUUCCAGGGCUUUACAGCUCCACCCCGCUAGAGCCCCCAUUCUCGACCUCUUCAACCUCUAUUUAGGAACAACUAGCCGCCAAAAGCCCGACGACUCUAUCCGAGAACCUCCGAACAAAACACAGAAGCGUGUAACUGCUCUUAACAGAGAGCUCCCUCCUCAGAAUGAACAAUUCCUUUUAGAUUUCGAGCAGCUUCAGAGCCAGUUUCCUGACCAGGAGCAACUGCGAGCUGUGACUGAAUCUGUUCUUAUUUCACUGGUCAUUCAGUUUAGCGGCCAUGCACCCCAAGCGGAGUUUCUUCUCUUUGCUUUGCGUAAGUUGCAUAGUAUAGGUUAUGUGCAUUGGGAUACUUUCUUGCCCUCCCUCCUUUCUUCAGUUUCAUCUGCAGAGGUGUCUAUUGGUCAAGGGAUUCAGUCUGUGGCUGCUAUCUCAUCUAUAAGUUUAUCACCGGCUGGGAUAUUGCCAUCUUCAACCCCAAUACCUCCCAAUUCCUCCAGUUUUCCGUCUCCAAAUACCACAUCUCCUUUGCCAUCAGUUCAUGUUAUUGGAUCCCCUGCUCAGACAGUAAAUGAACCAUCAUCUUCUAUAACUUUGUCACCAAUGAAAUCAUCUGACGUCACCUGCUCAGGACAACUGCCAACGAACAGGGUUAAUUUGCCAAUAAGAGAUAAUGCUAUAAGCAGUCUACGGCAUUUGUGCUGCAAGAUUAUUUUAACUGGUCUUCAAUCCGAUUUAAAGCCAGUAACGCAUGCUGACAUUUUUCACCAUAUGAUGAAUUGGCUGGUUAAUUGGGACCAGAGACAACAUGGGAUUGAUGAAUGUGAUGGUUCAAAAUGCUGGAAACCUGAUAAAGCUCUCAUAGAAUGGUUACACAUUUGUUUAGAUGUGAUCUGGCUGUUGGUUGAGGAUGACAAAUGCCGUGUUCCUUUCUAUGAACUAUUACGAAGUGGCUUGCAGUUUAUAGAAAACAUUCCAGAUGAUGAAGCCUUGUUUACACUUAUAUUGGACAUCCAUAGGAGGCGGGAUAUGAUGGCUAUGCAUAUGCAGAUGUUAGAUCAACACCUUCACUGCCCAACAUUUGGAACUCAACGGUUUCUUCCUCAGGCUACCACUAAUAUGUCAAGUGAAGCAGUGAAUAACAUGAGGUAUCCACCUAUCACAUACCCAAGUGUACUUGGAGAACCAUUGCAUGGGGAGGAUCUUGCAGCUUCGAUUCAGAAGGGAAGUUUGGACUGGGAGAGAGCUCUGCGUUGUAUAAAGCAUGCUCUUCGUAGUACUCCUUCAUCUGACUGGUGGAAGCGUGUGCUUCUUGUAGCUCCUUGUUACAGGCAUGCUCAAGGGCCUACUCCUGGUGCUGCGUUUACUUCUGAAAUGAUUUGUGAGGCAACGAUUGAUAGAAUCAUUGAACUAUUGAAGUUAACAAAUUCAGAAGUAAAUUGCUGGCAGGACUGGCUUGUCUUUUCAGACAUAUUCUUUUUUCUCAUGAAGAAUGGCUGCAUUGAUUUUGUUGAGUUUGUAGACAAGCUACUUUUACGCUUUGCAGAGGGUGAUCAAAAUAUUUUGCGUACUAAUCAUGUAACGUGGUUGUUUGCACAAAUUAUUCGGGUCGAGCUGGUGAUGAAUGCUUUAAAUUCAGACUCAAGAAAGGCGGAAACGACCAGAAAGAUUCUUUCAUUCCAUAAAGAAGAUAGAAGCUUUGAUCCUAACAAUCCCCAAAGUAUCCUGCUUGAUUUUAUAAGUAGCUGUCAGAACUUACGCAUUUGGUCCUUGAACACAUCAACUAGAGAAUAUUUGAACACUGAGCAGCUUCAGAAAGGAAAGCAAAUAGAUGAAUGGUGGAGGCAAGUAAGCAAAGGGGAACGCAUGAUGGAUUACAUGAACCUGGAUGACAGAUCUGUUGGCAUGUUCUGGGUUGUGUCUUAUACCAUGGCACAACCAGCUUGUGAGACAGUAAUGAAUUGGUUGACCUCUGCUGGAGUUACAGAGCUUUUGCAUGGAUCAAACUUACAGUCCAAUGAGAGACUGAUGGUUAUGCGGGAAGUUAGCCCAUUGCCAAUUUCAUUACUGUCAGGGUUUUCGCUCAACUUGUGUUUGAAACUUGCUUAUCAGAUGGAAGAUUCUAUGUUUUCUGGACAGGUUGUGCCUAACAUUGCAAUGGUUGAGACAUAUGUUAGAUUGCUGCUACUUGCACCUCAUUCAUUGUUCCGUUCUCAUUUAAGUCAUCUGUCACAGAGGAAUCCAGCCAUUCUAAGCAAACCUGGGGCUUCCCUUCUGGUGCUUGAAAUACUGAACUACCGCUUGCUUUCACUCUACAGGUACCAAGGAAAAAGCAAGAACUUGAUGUAUGACAUUACGAAAAUAAUUUCCACCCUAAAAGGAAAACGUGGAGAUCAUCGCAUUUUCCGAUUGGCCGAAAACUUGUGCAUGAAUCUUAUUUUAUCAUUGAGAGAGUUUUUUGUUGUGAAGAAAGAAGGAAAGGGUCCAACUGAAUUCACUGAAACUUUGAAUCACGUAACUGUAACAACUCUUGCUGUAAUCAUUAAGACACGUGGCAUUCCUGAGGCUGAGCAAAUGCUUUAUCUUCCAAGCAUGUUGGAGCAGAUAUUGGCAACAAGUCAGCAUACUUGGUCAGAAAAGACUCUCCGCUACUUCCCUCCUAUUGUACGUGAUAUCUUAAAUGGGCGGAUAGAUAAAAGAGAAUUGACAAUUCAAGCAUGGCAGCAGGCAGAGCACACAGUUAUUAACCAGUGCACUCAGCUCCUUACUCCAUCAGCUGAUCCUUCGUAUGUUGUGACCUACCUUGGUCAUAGUUUUCCUCAACAUCGACAAUAUCUUUGUGCUGGUGCAUGGAUACUGAUGCGUGGGCACCCUGAGAACAUUAACAAUUCAAACCUUGCACGUGUCUUAAGAGAAAUUUCCCCUGAAGAAGUAACAGCUAAUAUAUAUACAAUGGUGGAUGUCCUCCUCCAUCAAAUUCAUUUGGAGUUGCAGCGUGGACAUACCUUACUGGUGUUGCAUUUAUACUCCAUUUUCUUUCUCUCUGUUUUGGAGCUUAUACUGAAAGCUUCAACAAAUCUUGCAUAUUUUAUUUGGACCUGUGAGCUGCUUCCUUUGGAUAUUUUACUUCUAGCACUCAUCGAUCGUGAUGAUGAUCCCCAUGCUUUGCAUAUUGUUAUUAAUCUACUUGAAAGGCAAGAGCUUCAACAGAGAGUAAAAUUUUACCUCAUGAAUCGUGGCUUUCCUGAGCACUGGCUUUUCUCUGGAACAUUCAAGCGUACUGAACUUCAAAAGGCUCUUGGAAAUCAUCUCUCUUGGAAGGAAAGGUACCCCACAUUCUUUGAUGAUAUUGCAGCACGUUUGCUUCCUGUCAUCCCCUUAAUCAUAUAUAGACUUAUUGAAAAUGAUGCCAUAGAGUUUGCUGACAGAGUUCUGCAAUUAUAUUCCACAUUUCUUCACUACUACCCCCUAAAUUUUACUUUCGUUCGUGAUAUACUCGCAUAUUUCUAUGGUCAUCUUCCAGGGAAGCUUAUUUUACGAAUACUGAAAGUACUGGAUCUUAAAAAGAUCCCAUUUUCUGAGUCAUUUCCUCAGCAUAUUAACUCAUCAAAUCCUGCUAUUUGUCCACCACUGGACUACUUUGCUACGCUUUUGUUAGGUCUUGUGAACAAUGUUAUUCCACCUUUAAAUAAUAGCUCAAAACUGGGAUCGAUGGGUGAUGCGUCAAUCAGUUCACUCCGUGCUCCACACAGCAAAACUUCAGCUACUUCACAGCCUGGACCAACAAACACUUCUGAAGGCCAGAAAGCGUUCUAUCAAAUCCAAGAUCCAGGCACAUAUGCUCAACUGAUGCUUGAGACAGCAGUAAUAGAAAUACUCUCCCUUCCUGUAUCUGCAGCACAAAUAGUAUCAUCACUAGUCCAAAUUAUAGUGCAUAUACAACCAACUCUAAUCCAAUCAAGUAAUGGUCUACAUGGUGCUCCUAAUGGUGUUGGGCAAGGUCCUGUUUUACCAACUUCUCCUUCAGGUGGAAGCACUGACUCUAUGAGUGCUGGCAGAUCAGUCGCUACUGUCUCAGGAAUAAACACCUCUAAUUUUGUUUCCCGAAGUGGCUAUACAUGCCAGCAAUUGUCUUGUUUGCUCAUUCAAGCUUGUGGUCUCCUGUUGGCUCAGCUUCCUACUGAAUUUCACAUCCAACUCUAUAUAGAGGCAUCACGUCUUAUAAAAGAGAGUUGGUGGCUUACUGAUAUGAAAAGGUCCCUUGGAGAACUAGACUCUGCUGUUGGCUAUGCUUUGCUAGAUCCAACAUGGGCUGCCCAAGAUAAUACCUCAACAGCCAUUGGGAACAUUGUGGCCUUGCUUCACUCUUUCUUCAGUAAUCUUCCACAAGAAUGGUUAGAGGGCACUCAUCUCAUCAUUAAGCAUCUCAAGCCAGUUACAUCGGUUGCUGUGCUGAGAAUAGCUUUCCGUAUCAUGGGUCCAUUACUUCCAAGAUUGGCCAAUGCACAUGCUCUCUUUUGUAAGACUCUGUCAUUGCUUCUGAGUAUAAUGGUGGAUGUGUUGGGAAAGAACUCACAGCCAUCUGCUCCCAUUGAAGCAUCAGAUAUAGCUGAUAUCAUUGACUUCCUCCAUCAUGUCGUCCAUUAUGAGGGGCAAGGGGGACCCGUGCAGGCUAACAGCAAACCUAGAGCCGAAGUUUUGGCAAUCUGCGGAAGGGCAAUCGAGAAUCUCCGACCAGAUGUACAGCACCUUCUUUCCCAUCUAAAAACCGAUGUCAACUCUUCCAUCUAUGCUGCUACUCACCCAAAGCUGGUACAACAGAAUCCCAUGUUGCCGAUAUAAUUUGCUACAGAACUGCUGUCGAUUGUAAAUAGUGAUACAAGAAAAUGCCCCUCUUUUCCUUCUCGGUCUCCGCUGCUCUCAUCUGUUGCCCCUUGUGGACCUGCCUUUUUAACUCUCGUGUUGUAGUCUUGUAUAUUAUAGAACUGGCCAUUGCAUUUACCUGUUUUCCCAUGCAUCUUACUCGACUUUGUUUAGCCAACCUUACCUAGUGAGUGAGAUUAAGGCUUGAUGUGCCAUUUUGUCUUC